UGAUUGGUCCCUGCGCUCUCCCCUCAGGGAGAGACGCACCGGGGCCGGUGUCGGUGUCGGUGUCGGGGCCGGUGCCGGCGCCAUGGAGGAGGCGGGUUGCGGGGCGCAGUUCCGCGCCGCCGUUCAGGUUAUCCAAGGGCUGCCCCGGAGCGGUUCGUACCGGCCCUCCUAUGAGGAGAUGCUGCGUUUCUACAGCUACUACAAGCAGGCGACGGCGGGGCGCUGCCAAGGCCCAAGGCCCGGCUUCUGGGACCCCAUCGGCCGGUACAAGUGGGAUGCCUGGCACAGCCUGGGGAGGAUGUCCAAGGAGGAGGCGAUGGCGGCUUAUGUGGCAGAGAUGAAGAAGGUGGCCCAAAAGGUCAUUGACACGGUGCCCAUGGAUGAGACGACGGAGGAGAUGUUCGGGUACUUCGAGCCGCUCUACGAGGUGAUCCACGACAUGCCCCGGCCCCCCGAGGCCUUCUUCAAGAGGAAAGGGGGCAGUCAGGAGCGGACGGCCAACCCCAGCCAGGACAUCCCAGCAAGCAGCCCAGCUCCGGAGUGCCUGGAAGACACCCUGCCCGGGGAGCAGCGGAAUGGGCAGAACAUGCCAGGAGGUGGGCUGGCUCCUGCCGCCGAGGCGCUUGAGGGUAGCCAGGUGACCAGUGACUCCGAGGGGGAUGUGUACUGCGAUACCCUGGAGCAGAUGGAGCCUGAGCAGGCUGGGCAGCCGCUAGGUCUCUCCCCGAAUGGCGUCCAGGCCGGGCCUGAGCCCCCAACGCCCUGCGGCGCUGGGCAGGGAGAGCGGGGUGAAGGAAGAAGACUAGAGGGGAGGAGCAGCGCUGGCCUCGCAGCCCUUGGCUCUGAGAGAGAUCUCCGCCUCGCCGGAGGAGAGCGGGACGCCGGGAGCGCCCCCGAGCUCACCCUGGGGCUGGCGGCGGAGCUGGAUGCCCGCGUGGCCGGCACCGUCCGAGCCCUGCAGGACAACAUGCGGCGAGUGUUGGAGCGCCUGAGUGAGCUGGAGACGCUCGCCUCUGUGCAGGGGGACGCAGCUGGGACUGACCCUGGCCAGCCGUUUGCCCCACAGGCAACGUCCCUGUGGCCCCUGCCCGUCUCCCCACGCACUCUGCUCUUCCUCGUCACCUGGCCCUUCAUCACCCAGUGGCUGCUGCACCGCUGGCAGGGCAGGAAGAGGUGACCGCCGUGUCCCUGCUGCCACCACCGGCCCCGAGACGGGGCGCAGGACAGCCCCGCUGGGCCACCACCACCCCUCCUUCCCCAUCCUGCUUAGCACGAGCCGGGGAAGCGCCACGGGAUCGACAAGGGAAUGGCCUCACCCAGCCACGGGGUCUCCUGCAGGCCGGGACCCCAGCCCCGAGGGAAGGGGAGCCA